AUGUCUUCUCGACUCUCCGACCGUGUCGCAUGCAUCACCGGAGCUAGUUCUGGUAUUGGGAGAGCCAUCGCCCUUGCCUAUGCUGCUGAAGGCGCCGUCGUCGUAUGUUCUGAUCUGCAGCCAGAAGCACACGCAGAUACCAACAAUGAGUUCCCCGUCGCGACCCACGACCUCAUAGUCCAACAAGGCGGGAAGGCAAAGUUUGUCAAGGCCGACGUUCGAUAUGAGGAACAAGUCGAAGCUCUGGUAGCCAAGACGGUGGAAGAAUUUGGCAGACUAGACAUUAUGGUCAAUAAUGCAGGCAUUGGCACCGAGGUCGAUCAUCAAAUGAAAGCCGGCGACUUCCGUUUGCAUCAGACUCGAACCCAGGAUUUCGACCUCGUCAUGAACGUCAAUACGCGAGGAGUGUAUCUCGGGUGCAAAUAUGCUCUGGCGCAGUUUCUAAAACAAGAGCCUCUUCCGCCAAACGGUCGUGGAGAGCGGACAGGUGGCUGGAUAAUCAAUUUGGCAAGCAUUGGAGGUCACGUUGCCUUAGCCGGUGCCCCGUGUUAUACAACGAGUAAGCAUGCGGUUGUCGGGUUGACUAAGGAGAUCGCGGUGUCAUAUGCUAAGGACAAGAUUCAUUGCAAUUCUCUCUGCCCCGGAUUUACCGAAACAUCGAUGAUAGCCCCUAUGACAAAGGCCAAAAAUGAUCCAACGGCUAUAGCAGCUACCGAAGCAAUUCGAGCAGCCCAUCCAUGGGGCUCCCUAGGCCAGCCUGAAGACCUUGCUAAAGCCGCGGUUUUCCUUGCUAGUGAUGAUGCUUCAUGGGUUACGGGCCACUCUUUAGUAGUUGAUGGCGGAUAUCUUGCAAGAUAA